UUCUCAGAAGACAACAGCAUGUCUGUGCCCUCCUCCCGCCCCAUGUCGCCGUGUCCACUUCUCCAUGAGCCACUGUUUCCUCUUUUCCUCUUCCCCAGCCUCACUGCCCACACUGAUCCUAGACUGACCUCAGACCUGAGCUCAGGACUCUCAAGGAACCAAGUGUCACCUGCAGAUGGUGGCAUGUACGGCCUGUCACACAGUCUUUUCUCACUCAGAGAGCCAGGCUGUGUGCCCAGGGCCUGUCCGUGCCCACCCAUUCUCCCUGUGUUGGCCCUUCCGGGAGCCGCCCGGCCUGAGUGCAGGAAGGAGAAGGGGCCGGGGGGGUGGGGUAGGGGGAGGCGUGACAGGAAGGGGGUGCUCUGUGGUCAGGGAGCCUCGAGAGGGAGACAGCUGCUCCAAGCCGCCACUGCUGCUGCUUGUUCGCAGCCUGGCCCCAACCCUGCCCAAGAUGCGUCCAACCGGCCUCCUGCUAGUGUUGCUGCUAGUGGACAUGGCAGAGGCCCUGGCUGAGCCUCAGCUCUGCUACAUCCUGGAUGCCAUCCUCUUUGUCUACGGCCUUGUCCUCACUCUGCUCUACUGCCGGCUCAAGAUCCAGGUGCGGAAUGCAGCAGCCCUCCGUGAGAACUCUGAAAGCGUUUACACGGACCUGAAGAAUCAGAACCGCCUGGAGACUUAUGAGACCCUGAAGCACGGGAAAUCCUCAAAGUGACACCUUGUCCCCC